GUUCGACGUGAACUUCGGGGUCGAAGUGGAGGUUGGCUCGUGCUCACGGCUCGCGACGAUCGAGGUGCGGUCGCAGUGGUGGUGUGACAUUUUCCCCUGCCCUUAACAGCAAGGCUCAAACUUUGAUCAAAGACUCACCACUACCAUUUGCUUCUCAGUUCUCGACGCUCACGCCGACGCGCUCCUCAAGCCUCGAUUAAAUAAUCGAACACCUCGACGAAACAACAACGCCAAGAUGCAGGAUCCAGCGCGCGAGGUCAAGAAUGUGGUCAAGGGCCUCAUCGAGGCACCUACGGCUGCGGCUCAGUCGAAGGUCCUCAAGACCUACUUUGCCCCAGACGCUUCUUUCGACCACCCACUUUGCGCUGUUGCAUCCAGCCCCAACUCUCGAGAUGGAGGAGUACUGCCAAUCUACCAAUGGCUGCGAUGCAUGUUCACUCCUCAUAUCGAUGUGCACAGCGUGGCUCUUGACAAGGACAACAACAAACUCUACAUCGACGCGACGCAGACUCUUGUGCCUUCAAUCAGCUUGCUCGCAGCCAUUCGCGCUCCCGCGUGCCGCCUCAUCGUCGUUCUGUUCUUGCAGCGCGGAGCUGAUGGUCGCUUCUACAUCAAGAGGCAGGAAGACUACUACGAGCCUCAAGUCUUGCCAGGACUCAUCUUCCCAGGUCUGUCCACUCUUAUCCAGAUUGUCAAGCUGAUCAUUGGAUUCAAUUGCUGGGUCCUGACCUUCAUCAUCGGCUACACUUUGGGAUGGUGGAAUCCUAACGGAUCUUCUCUUGCCACGUCAAACGGCCGCAAGGCGGUCAGGGCCUGACACGAAGUUACCAGCAAGGGGGUCAUCCCAGCUCGACACUCUAGGCUCGUUCAUGUGCACGACUACACAGAUUCAGGUGUGACUCGAUGCAUUGUCCAAACAGAGUGGUG